GCUAUCUUUGCUUUUGUGGUCAAGUGGGUUAAAUUAUCCGUCACUCCAAAACGGAAAACAAAAUAAACAAAUCAGGAAGUAUUCCCAAAUAUGGGUGCAAGGAACAGCAAGCCGCAAACGGUGCAGAUUGAAAAUCCAACGGCAUUUGAGAUUACUCGAGAUGUGGUGGAUAGAAUAAAUCAGGCCAAUGCCAUAAGUACUGAACUCGGAUGUACCCACUGUGAAUCAUGUAAGCAGAAACCAAUAAAGGAACCAGGUUCCGAUAUUCCCAGUACGAUGGAACAUAAGCAGCACAAAUAUCGAGCCUUGCAUCCAGUUCCGGUUGCCAAGUCCUGGAAAAAACGUUCUUUUGAAGUCGAAGAAAAGGAGUUUGGAAAGUCCUUAAAAUUGGUUCAAGAACUAUUCGGCUCACCUGUAAAAUGGGCCAAGGAUUGCCAGGGCGAGAUCGGAAAAUUUGAGGAGGAGCUAGUUCACUGCUACCAACGGUUUCCAAACGAACCCCUGCAGUGCGCCAAUUUAGCCAGACAAUAUCACCGAUUCGUAUUCGCCAAACAAUACGCCGAAUUAUCGAAAACUAAGACGGGUACCUAAAGAUAGGCGAUCAACGACCUUAGUGAUCCAUUUAUGGCCAAAAACCAGAU